AAAUAUAUUAGAUUUUUUUUUUCUAUAAUUUCUUAUUUAUCGCUCAAUGAUAAUUGAUUAAUGUACAAAAUCUUCCAUUCUUCUAUAGAAGCUUGAGUUUCUCUGACCUCUCACUCUCUCUCUCUCUCCUCUUUCUCUGCUGUGAAGAUGCUUCUGAGGAGCUGCUCCGCCUCCAUUUCAAACUUGAAGACUCAGUGUUCCAAAGAAUUGCGACCCAGCUCGGAGGCUGCGGGAGACCUGUUUGUUAAGCUACCAAGAACCAGAUCCCUCCCUCAAACGAUGUCGUUGUCGUGCCCCCUGGACCACCCCGGGAAGAGGAAGAAGACGACGACCCAUAUGCACAGCAAGCUUCCGCACGCGCGCGUCACGGUCGAAGAACGCGGAGUUGGUGCCGCACAGGGGCUGCCAUCGAGCUCAGGAUUGAGGGUGGGUCGCGCUGCGGCGGAAAGGAGGGACAUUGAUCAUGGGGUCGCGAGUCCGGGUGUAGUCGGCGGUGGCGGCAGGAGGGUCGGCGGAGGCGGUGGUGGCGGAGGAGGAGCGAGUGGUGGCGGAGGCGGUUUCUAUGAUCCUAAUGGUGGGAAUGGGAAUACGGAUGCUUAUUACCAGAGAAUGAUCGAGGCAAACCCAGGGGAUGCUCUGUUGCUCGGCAACUACGCCAGAUUCCUAAAAGAGGUUCGGGGGGAGUUGGGUAAAGCAGAGGAGUAUUGUGAAAGGGCAAUUUUGGCGGGGGGAAGUGAUGGGGAUGUUCUGUCGCUGUAUGCUGAGAUUAUAUGGGAAACGCAGAUGGACGCUCCUCGUGCGCAAAGCUAUUUCCAUCGAGCUAUCAAUACUGCACCUCGCGAUUGUUACGUUCUAGGUUCGUAUGCUCGAUUUCUUUGGGACGCAGAAGAGGAAGAGGAAGUGGAAGUGGAAGAGAAGAAGAAUGGGAAUGCAUCAGCGUCGCCAUCGCUGCCUAAUUUCUUAGGGGGGUCUGCUUAUCAUCAGCGACGCGUAGCUACAGCCUCUUAAUCUAGCUUGAUGUAUAAAAGUUGCCUGUGAAUGUAUGCUAGCAGCUGCGGAAGAAGAAGAAGAAGAAGAAGAUGAAGAUGAAGAUGAAGAUGAUGAUGACGACGAUAAGGAAGAGGAGGAGGUAGAGAAUUAACAAGCAUGGAAGUACAUCAAUGCAGCUUCUUGGAGUUGGAGGGGAUCUGCUUAUCAGCGGCCGCUACCUGGAGCUAGUUUGAUAUAUAGUCUCCUGUAAAUUUGAUAUAGAAGUAUGGCAUAGCAGAUUGUUCUUCUCCAA